AUGCAUCCUGUUAGAAGAAGAAAAAAGAGGUCAAAUUACGGAAUCAAAACAGUGGAAAUUGCUCGUGGUAAAAAUGGAUUCGGUUUUACAAUUUCAGGACAGCAACCAUGCAUUUUGAGUUGUAUUGUCAGUGGUAGUCCUGCUGAAAGAGCUGGAUUAAGACCCGGAGAUUAUUUGGUAGCCGUAAAUGGACAGAGUGUUAGCAAGCUACUUCAUGAUGAUGUUGUAAGACUUAUUGGUUGUUUAAAUGGAGUGCUUAAAUUACAAAUAGCUGAAAAUUAUUAUUCUGAUAGCUCCGAUGAAGAUAAUAUUGCCUCAGUUAGAGCUAAACCUAAGUUUGUUCAUAAACCUAGAAAUGUAAAUGCCAAUCAUCGCUCAAAUGGAAUUCAACCUGGUCGUUCUUCGAAAACCUGCAAAGAUAACAGACUGAUAGGAGAAUCUUCUUCUCAUUCCACCAUCCAUACUUCUUGGGAUCUACCAACAAUUUCUGUACCUAGAGUUUCAAAUGCUCAAAAUCCUAGUACUUCAAAAGAAGAACUUAGCUUUGUGAUUGGUUACUUAGGAACAAUUGAAAUGCCUAAACAAAUUCAACCUGGCUGCCGUCCCCAAAUUGUAAGGGGUUGCAUAAAAAGAUUAAGAACAGAAAAAAGAUCACAUAGUUGGGUGUUAAUGAAAGUUCAUGCUGAUGGAGUUACAGUUGCUGGAAACGGAGGCAAAGUAUUAGCCGAGUAUCCUGUAAAUAAAAUCACAUUUUGUGGACCAAGUUCUGAAGAAGAUAAAAAGUAUUUCGGUUUGGUUACAAUGGCUUCUGGUGACGGUAAUGAGGUGUUACCAUCAAGUUCUUGCCAUGUAUUUGCAGUUCAAUCAAAUCUUUUUGAACAUUCAAAACAUUUUAGCAAGGCUUCUUCUUUUAAAAUAACUUGCACAUCGGGACCUCUAUCUAGGGGAUGUUUUGAAUUUCCCCCUACAUCCGAGCCAAUUUUAAAUGCAAUCAAAUCAUUCUGCUUAACUAAAGACGAAAAUAACGCAAAUUUAGUUCAAAAUGAGAUGCUUUUGGCUAAUUCACCCCAACCGUCUCAUUCUGGAUCAACUGCGGCAAGUAGUAAUAGCGAUUCAGGAAUCGGUUUUAGAGACGACGGUGGCAAUCAAUCAGACAGAAUUGUUAUGGUUGACGUUGAAAAUCAAAGACUGCACAUCCAGCAACUGUACAGCAACUCAAAGUGUUUAGGAAAUACGAGUGCCUUAGAUAUACAACUCCAACCUUCGAACGAAAGUCUGGAAACGUCUCAAAAUCUGCAUCACACAUUUUCUAAUAUAAAUGCUUUUUGCCGUUUGCCAAAGUUAUCGGAUCAAGCUUAUGAAUCUUGUUCGACAGAUCAUCGUUUGACGGUGCGAGCCAUUCCUGAUUCAAAAGUUCCUACUAGCAACAGAAGCAGAUCUCCUUUAAUUUCAUCUUCCUCCUCCUCCUCCUCCUCCUCAGAAGAUGAAGAAAAUACUUUAACUAAACAUUCCCAUUUGAAAAAUUUAUCGGCAAAAGUUAAAUCUGGAAGAAGUUCUUCAAAAAAGUACUUGAAAGAAGACCCGUCGAAAUCAUUGUCUCUAUCCGGCAUAUGGUACGAAAAAUCAAUUUUCUAUCAAUUAGGUUUAUUACCCAAUCAAUCGACUCACGGUGGAAAAGUCAAAGUAGUACCUGGAUCAAAUUAUAAAGCCACGUCCAGAUCUUCGGAUUGUCUCGAUAAUUCGGGUUGUGGCUUUCAGAAAGCGGAACCCGAUGAUGCGAAUGGAAAAAUGAAUUCCAGAUCGACGGAUAAUUUAAUGCAAAUAAGUAACAGUUAUGACUACGUAAAAAGUUACAAACUGACUCCUCAAGUUAAAGGUGUUUCUAGUUUUCCAUAUUCAAAAGUAAAUAGUCCCCUUUCGAUUUCUUACGGCGAAGGCAACAUCGUGCAAUUGAACAGAAGAUCAGUUAAAGUUAAAUCAAAUAACGAAUCCUCAUCGUUGUGUUGUGACGAAUCAAACGACCCGACAUUAUCAUCGUACGCCUCAAAUGAAAAUUCGAAUGGGAAAGAAUUCGCCGACGGGAAAAGCCAAAUCGGAAAAAGCGACUCGAAAAAAAAUCUAUUCAAAUCAGCCGACGACAUGAGCAUAUGCAGUUAUAAAAGCAACGAUGCACUUCUCUUAUACAAAUUAAGUCCGAAGGUUUUCGGUUUGAAAAGACCGUUGAUAACUCAAAGUCUCGAGGAUUUGAAAGAUUCCGACGCGUUAAAAAAUUCAACGGAUAAAGUUUUUGACAGUUCAUCGAAACUUCAUCAAUGGGGGAGCCUCCAAGAUUUGAGAAAUUUAAUGCCGAAAAACUUUGACGGAUCUCUCAUGUUGAAAAAUUCCGCUUUUAUCCUCCUAGCCUCUGCAUUUGGAAUUAAAGUAAUUUUAAACGUGGAGUUAAAAGAAUUAAUUUAA